UGAUGGUUAUUGGUUUCCAUAGAGCCUGCCGCUAUUUAAUUCGCUAGACCUCUAAUGGCUCUUUGAUUGGUCGCUUUGCCCUCCGCAUUCUGAUAGGGCACAUGGCCCUUCUGAUUUGAUACAGUUGUUAUUUUGCGUGGUGAUUGGCUCUGCGUAGUGGUCAUCUCUGAUUGGACAUAUUAUGAUUUGCUACUUCGUUGCUGCGUACUGAUUGGCUGCCGCAGGUCACGGGGCAUUGUACCCAGGCAGCGGCCGGACAGCGGCCUCAGCGCUACUCCACAGCGGGGCUCAAAGGGCCUCAAAUUCGGUCAGCAGCCACUCGACGUCGGGGCUGAAGGGCCUGAUCUACGGCCUCUCAGCAACUGCAUAGCGGUGCCGAAGCGGCUCCCCAUACCGACGCUCUCAGUGCCUGGUUCCGGCCUCGCGUUUACCCCCUCCCCGGCAGUGCCGGGACCCGGGCCCCGGGCGGUCAUGGCUCACCAGCAGACCAGCAGCUCCCAGAAGGCGCUGAUGUUGGAGCUGAAGAGCCUGCAGGAGGAGCCAGUCGAGGGUUUCCGCAUUACCCUGGUCGACGAAUCGGACCUGUAUAAUUGGGAGGUGGCAAUCUUCGGGCCGCCGAACACGCAUUAUGAGGGUGGCUACUUCAAGGCUCAGCUGAUGUUCCCCAUGGAUUACCCCUACUCUCCACCAUCGUUCCGCUUCCUUACCAAGAUGUGGCAUCCAAAUAUCUACGAGAAUGGCGAUGUGUGCAUUUCAAUUCUGCAUCCGCCCGUCGAUGACCCCCAGAGUGGCGAACUACCUUCUGAGAGAUGGAAUCCCACGCAGAAUGUCAGAACAAUUCUCCUCAGUGUCAUCUCCCUUUUGAAUGAGCCGAACACCUUUUCUCCUGCUAAUGUGGAUGCUUCGGUGAUGUUCCGGAAAUGGCGAGACAGCAAAGGAAAGGAUAGAGAAUAUGCAGAGAUUAUUAGAAAACAGGUCUUGGCCACCAAAGCAGAGGCAGACAAGGACGGCGUGAAGGUGCCGACCACCCUGGCGGAGUACUGUGUCAAGACAAAAGCUCCGCCACACGACAACAGCUCGGACUUGCUGUACGAUGAUCUCUAUGACGAUGACAUGGAUGACGAGGAAGAUGGGGAUGGUGAUUUCUUUGACGAUGAUGACGACUCAGGAAAUGAGGAAUCGUGACCAACAGCGGGAGGGGGCGACCAGCCGACCCCUGAGCCCCAACCCCCUUCCUCCUUUCUGCCCCCUCCCUACCCACCUCCCCCACCCCCAACCCUUUUCCCAGGGCCAGUGGCUGCCCUGACUCUGGGACUGAACCCAAUCCUGACACCCAUGCUGCGACACUUGCCCAACCCUCCCCCAGUAAAUGUAUUCGGGCCCUGAGUCGCAACAACGCUGCUCUUCCAGAACAAACUCUUUUCCUGCUGUGAGCCUGUGGCUGGGAGGGGGAUGUGUGGGGGGGAGGGUGCUGUAUUCCUGUCUUUGUUUCCGGAGUUGUCAUUUUUUUUUUUUGAAAGUCCAAUGGUGAAACAUUUAUGGGGUGGUUAUGGCAUUGCUCCAUGUAAUAUGCUGAUAAAGAUUGUCUCUGGUGAUACUUUCUAGCUAAUAGCCAAACCCUUUCUUUCCCAUGUAUGUUGAAGGGAUGGGGACAGAGUGGAAAUGGCCCCAGUGCUGGUGGAGUAUGAAUCUCCACUCUAUAUCCUGGUCCUCUGACUUUGACACGUCCAUAAUGCUGUCGAGCCAGCAGCCCAACUGGGUUGUUUGGUGUUUCCUGGUGCCUGGGUUCGCUAGUUCCCCUCUGACAGCCUCUCCUGAGGAGUGAGUAGGAGAUGGGGUGGGGGGGCACCUUCUCCAGUUCUUUUCCCCUCAUUUGGAAUAUUCAUUCAUCAGAGAUGGGUCUGAGAGAAUUGUUAAAAAUUCAACUUCAUUGGCUUAUUCUGCCCUUGCCUUCUGGUUCCAUUUGUUCUCUGCCCUCCCCACUCAGACCCAUUGCUCUGGUCCUUUGAAAGCUUGGGCAUGUGGAUGCUCUCCCCAUUUCACAGGUUGCUGGUGUGAGGGUGCCUUUCCACUGUGGGUCUUGGGUGUGAAAUCGUUUACAUUUAAGUUUUCUUUUGCAAUUUACCUUUGGAGAAACUGUUUGAAAUUGACUUGAAUCAACUUAUGCACGCCCCCCCCUCCCCACCUAACAUCACACUCAAGCUGUACUUGAACAAGAUCUGGACCUGCAGGGCUACAGACCAAGAGCUAGAUUGGGUGAGCAGCUCUUUCUUUGGUCUACAGGAUGUGGGCCACCUGUCUACCUCCUGUGCCAUUAAAUUUCUAUUCUUGCUGUUCAGCCUAUGGUGAAAUUCUGCUCUGAAGUAUGACAGCAAGGGAGAAAAGAGAUGAAAAUGUCUCUACUGUAUUGUCUCGUGGUUCUUCCUCGACUAGUAAAGCAGUGAGACAAUUUUUUUGGGUGGGUGGGGUUCUUUUAUGCCUUAACACGCAGUACAAGCGAUUCUCCCAGCUCAGCAUUACUCCUGGAUGGUUAAUUAAAUAUUAUGCAUUUGUACAGAUGCAUUAGCUCUCCAGUUAGAGAAUGGUGCAUCAACUUUGUUUGGGGCUUGGAGGUUGGGUGGGAAGUAAGGGAAUUCCUAACGUGAGCAUGAGAAUUGAAGACUUAAUGAUGGAGCUUGCAAGCAUGAGAUGUGAUUUUCCCCUCAUGGCAUGGAUAACACUUGUGUUUGUGCACAGCAUGGCCAUAAACAUGGUGUACCAGCUGUGCCCUGAGGAAGAUGGCAUCUGUACCCAAAUGAAUUUCUAAUUAUGGUUCAAGGCCUUGCCCAGUGGGGCUGUGGGCCCAGACUCUGCUCUUGAAGAUGAGGUUGCUGAGUUCCCUGAAGUGCUGCUGGAUGUCUGAGGUGGGCAGUGUGCUGGCAGCGAUGAUCAUUGGAAGAGAGGGAAGUACAGUCAACUCCAGGCUGAGUGCAGAGGCUUAACCUGGAAUAGCUGGAGUGUAGGCCCUUGUCUGCAGGUUCCAUGCCCAAACUCUGCAGUUCUCAGUAGGAUGUCCAGCACCAUUACCCCUUCUUGUCAGUAGGCUGCUGAGUGUGGACCACCAUGGCAAGGAGAUGGCAUGACGGUAGAGUGUUGGUGGUCUUUGCUAUGCCCAGUCUGGCUGCAUGUUUGAUAGAAUUUUCAACAUGUCACCCUGCACACGGUUGUGCAGCCGUUUACUCGGAGUUUGGAGGUUGCUGUCAUUCACUGAUAACCUGGCACACUCGGUGAGCCCUUGCUGUCAGUGAUCAUCCUGAUUGUACCCUCCAGUCAUGGCAACUGCACCAGGUGGGGGGCCCAACUGUGUGGUCUCCCUUUUGCUUGCGGAUGCCAGUGCUACUGAUUGUGUGUGUAUGCACGCACUCCCUGCAUUUAACCUGCAGCGUCUCUGGAGCCAACAGAACUCCUGUUACCAAGAGCAUGGGUCACGGUUGCUUCGUCUGUGUUCACUGGCAGGAGCCAUGAGUGAUCCAGAGUUUGGUUUUUAAGUCUUUUUAUUUCUUUGUUUCUAAAACUAAUAAAGAACUUUUCAGGA